CUCUCUCUUGCUUCUCCCGAAUCCCCGUUCCCCCCUGCCUGCGCGCUCUAUCUGUCUCUCUCCCGUGGCGACGACUGGGCGACCGCCGCCGCCGCCCUCUGCCAGGUGCCCAGGUCAUCUCGGAUCGUUUUCCUCGGGCCCUUCGCCGGCGAUGAGCACCCAAAGUAAAAGGCUCAAGGAUGUGGAGAUCAGUUUCCCUAUCGUCUAUGGAACCAUUUCUUUCUGGCUCGGUAAAAAGGCUAGCGAGUACAACUCCCACAAGUGGACUGUGUAUGUCCGCUCCGCAAACAAUGAGGAUCUGAGUGUCAUAGUUAAGCGUGUGGUGUUUCAGCUUCACCCAAGUUUCCAAAACCCAACAAGAGUCGUGGAGCAACCGCCUUUCGAGCUGUCUGAAUCGGGAUGGGGAGAGUUUGAGAUAGCCAUAACCCUUUAUUUCCACAGUGAUGUCUGUGACAAGCGCUUGGAUCUGUUUCAUCAGCUUAAGCUGUAUCCAGAAGAAGAAGCUGGGCCUCAAUCAACCAAGAAACCUGUUGUUGUGGAAACAUAUGAUGAGAUUGUCUUUCCUGAGCCUACAGAGGCUUUUUUCCAACGUGUGCAGAAUCAUCCAGCAGCUAAUGUGCCCAGGCUUCCUCCUGGUAUAACCUUGCCUCCUCCAGGCUCUAUGGAAAUUGUUCCAUAUGAAAAGAAGCGUGGUGACACUAAGGAUCAUCCUUUGAGUCAGUGGUUCUCGAAUUUCUCUGAAGCUGAUGAGCUUUUGAAACUAGCUGCAGCUCGGCAACAGGUGCAGGCUCACAUAGCCAAGCUGAGAAGGCAGUUAACCAUGAUAGAAGGAAUGCCCCAGCAAUCAAAAGCCUUUUCUGUCCCUGGACAGCAGUUUAGGCACAUCUAAUGUAGCAAUGUUAGCGCACCUGAUUGUAAGGAAGAUGUUGGAAUGGAAUCUUUCAACAACUGCUUGACAAAUUGGAUGUGUAACUCUGUAUUCACAUUGAGGUGGCUGCCUUAGGCUUGCAAAUGAUGUACUAAUAUGCAGUUCACUGUGUAUAUUCUAUGAAUUGUAGUACCAUUAGGCUCAUAAGAGAACAUUACUAACGUGACCUUUUGCUCUAUCUUUUCCUA